UCCUUAUUCAUUCUACCUAUUUAUACAGACACAAACCGUUUGUCACUCCUCAGCUUCUCUCUCAGCAAUGAAGCAAAGUUGUGGCGCACUUGUGAGUUGGCUAUUUUUAAUGUUAAUCAUUUUUCAAGCAUCUGCUCGUCUCCUACCUAAACAUCAAGGAGAUCAUCCAAAUAGUAGGGCUAAUGGAAUUGCUGAAGAAGAUGAAGUAAUUCCCAGUUUGAUGGGAUUGGAGGAAUGUGAUGAGAAAGACGUGGCAUGUCAAAAUAGAAGGAUGCUUGCAGAUGCUCACUUGGACUACAUAUAUACCCAACAGCAUAAGCCUUAAGACAUGUUUGGUUUGAGUUGGUUUGGUUGUGCUUAAGAGUUACUUUUUUCUGAUCGUGCAUUACUGUUAAGUAUAGACGAACAUUGAGCACAACCAAACAUUCAAACGUCUUAGUACUGGUCUUAUAUGUGAAUUAUCGUAUUUCAAUUUUCUUGUCCUUGUUUAACUGUGGUCAAGAGUGCUGUGUUCUUAGUGAAUUGCAUGAUAAGGUAAAUUGUACGGUGUAGAAUCUAUAUAUUAAUAUUAUAAUAGAAAGGCAAUUAAAAUUACUUUUACUUUA